AUGUGCAAGCGUGCUCACAUGUUUCGCAGCUUGCGUAAGAAGACUUCUUUGCUUCUGCUUUCCCUGGAUGCCAACUCUUUAGCACCUGCGUCUUCCUCGGCUUCUACGGCUUCAAGCAUAUUGCUGGGAGGAGGACAAUCUGUUUCCGGUUCUGCUUCUGUGUCAGGCUCAAGUUCAGGCUCGUAUGCUGUUCAUUCGAAGGUCGUCAAACAAGUGCAUGACUUCGAAGUCGCCUUGAAGGCUAUGGAUUAUCUUUUGGACGACCGCACAGAACAAGGGGUGCAACUUUUGAAGGAUGAAAUCAAAAAGCAUAAGGAUUCCAAAUCUGAUCAGCCAGCUGCAAUCUUUACGUUGGCUCUAGGAGUCAUGGAAUUCAUUGAGGCGACUCUUGGAUUCGAAUCAGAGGUCAUGGACAAAGCUCAUCGGACGUUAGACGAAGCUGAAUCUCAAAGCAUGGCCAACAACAAGUACAAUAUCAAACAUAAACUACAGACUUCCAGAAUAUACCCACCAGGGACUGAGUUUCAGGUGACUUUGGCUGAACUGACGUUAUUGAAUGCCUUGGUGAUGCUUUUGCGUGAGAACAACGGGAUGAUGGAACAAGCUAAAGCUUUAUUCAAAUUACGUAAGGCUUACCAUGCUUUAGACUCCAUUUAUCGUAAGAUGAAGGAAAAGGAAUCUAAGUUCAAUAGUUUAUCUGCUCCAAGUCCUGCCUUUGAGUCCCUUCCUGUGUCUCGCUCAACGUCGUCGGUGGAUUUGCCAGGUUAUGUACUGGAUGCUUCACUGUCUUCUGUGAAUAUACCAAUGGACUUGAGGUUGAUAAACGACUUGGAGAAGGUUUAUCAAAUGAGAAAGCUGCGUAUAUAUGGUACAAGCAUCAAUAACAGCAAUGUCACUGUGAAUAGUAUGAGCGACAUGAAGGACAAUAAUAUUAGACUGAAUGGCAAUAAUGAUGCAGCAAAAGAUGAUGAUUCUGAUUCUGAUAAUGAUCAAUUUUCAGAUGCUUUUGAAGACUUUAGUGGUGAAUCUAUUGAUGAACCUCUGUCGAACUCACCUCUGGUCCAGGUACGAUUAGAUCCUCGAGUUAAUGUUGGAACCAUUGAUGAGUUCAUUCAUUCCGGUGUCCAAUUGUGUUUUGGGAUCUUGCAAGUUGUACUUUCUCUUAUCCCUCCUACAAUUGGUAAGGUAUUAUCCAUUGUGGGGUUCAAAGGUGAUAGAGAUGUUGGGUUAAAAUUAUUAUGGAAAAAUGCCAUUACAACAAGAAACAUACAUGGGGAUUUGGCAUUAUUAUGUAUUUUGGUCUUUUAUGAUGGGCCUGUUCAAUUUGUUGAUCGAGGAUUCCAGAUACCUCCACAUUUGAGGUCUAAAUCAGCGUCAUUUGAAUCACAUACGUUGGAAAGAGUUGAUAAUUUGACGUCCUUAACAGAUUUACAGUUGGAUGAAAUAUUACAUGAACCUCAUAAAUAUAUCCCCCAAGUGCUUACCAGAACCCGGGAUAUUUUCCCUCAUAAUGCCUUGUGGAUCCUACAAUACGGUAGGAUGUUGGCUUCUAAUGGUAAGGUUACAGAGGCAGUUAACAUGAUGCAAGAGUUCACUGACAAUCCAAGUAAUAAAAUACAAAUGCAACAGGCAGAAGCAUUGAUGCUUUUCGAUAGAGCUAUGUUCUAUGCUUUUAAACAUCAAUAUGAUAAUGCUGCUCGUGAUUUGAUUCGGUUAGUUGAUAUCAAUUCUUGGUCCAAAGCAGUGUACUUAUUUAUGGCUGGUUCAUGUUAUAAUGAGAUGUACAGAAUGAUUAAGAUGGAUUUGGUUGCUGUUGAAGAUAAACCUGCUUCCUUGAAGAAGUAUUCUGAAUUGACUAAAAAGUAUAUGAAUGAACUUGCUCCUUCUUAUGUUCCAGGAGUUGGAGCUAAUAGUAAGAAGGGAGGUAUUGGAGGUGGCAACAAAAAGAUGCCUUUUGACCACUUUUUAAUACGAAAAUUAAAGACUAUUAGUGAAGUUUCUUCAGCUAAUCCCGAUCUUGAAUUUGUUGAAUGCAUUGGAGCCUCGCCAAUCCACGAAUUGGUUUAUUUUUGGAAUGGGUAUAACCGUAAAUCCGAUGAUGAGUUGGAAUUGUCCUUGAAGCUUUUGGAAUAUCCUCUUCCUGAAAAACACAAGAAUUUCAAAGAUGAAUUGAUGAUCAAGGAAUUCUUAAAGUCCAUUGUGCUUAGAUCUUUAGGAAAACUUACUGAAGGUUUGGCUGUUUUGGAUCAAGAAGUUUUAAGUCAAUAUGUCACCUCGAUAUCACCAUUCAAACAUAUAAAGAUGACUUAUUCCCCAUAUUUAUAUCCUACAGCUCUUUAUGAAAAGACUAUGUUUAUCUGGAUGCUACGGAUCCAAAAACCUGAUGCUAAGGUCCAUACUCUGGCUACUGAAGCUUGUGAAUGGUUAAAGAGAGCAGAGAUAGUGGGUGACAUUGGUGAUUAUGAAUUGAGUAAUAGAACAGGAAUGAGAAUUAAAGCUGCUGGUGACAGACUUGAUCAAUUCAUCAAGUUAACCUAUUGA